AUGAUAUACUACCACCCGGAGUGCCUCAACAUGCACCCCUUGACUCGCGCGCUUGACGAUGGCGAUGCCAGCCCGAUAGACCCUGACUACUCCGGGCGGUACUACGUGGACCCGCCGUGCCGCUUGAACGAUACGGACCAGAACUUCAACAAGGGUAACAUGCCGAGCGGCGACGGGUAUGACCCGUACAGCAUCAAGAUGCGCUACCUCCUCCCGGACAUCGAGUGCAGCCACUGCGUCCGACGGGUGCACUACCAUAUCGAGAUCACGUCAGAGGAAACGCAGACUGAAGACGAUGACGACGACGGACCAUCGUCUUUCAUUGAUCAUGGCUGUUUCGCCGACACCAGGACCGGGCGUAUCAUGGAGUGGAUGUCUCUAAGUGACGAGCAGAAACACGCGAUGACGGGCGAGAUGUGCAUUAUCGAGGGGGGGUACAGGUACUCCGGGACUCAAUAUGGCUACCAAUGUUUCUGCGGGGGUGAGGACACAGACCACCUCAAGCAUCGCGAGUCCGUGGACUGCGAUUUCACGUGCGCGGGAGAUGAAAACAAAUAUGCGGCAGGCCGUGGUGCAUGUCCGUGCGUGAAAUGCUGUGAAGCUGAAAGUGCGGCGGGCUUUGGAUGGUUGGGUGCGUGAGGGCUGGUGCUUUUGUACGAUACGGAUGUGCCUCGUCACACGCAAGCAAAAGGAAGAGUCGAUUCCGCCGAAUACGGGCAAGCUUGUUGGGCAGGCUGCUUGGUCGGGGGUUAGGACCGACCGUAUUUCCAUGUGGUAGUUCUGGCGAGGGGAAGCGUCCGCUCUUCGAGGUCCGAACUUCGUAGGCGGCAACCUGGUUCACGUCAAUCAAAUCGGUGACAUGGGCUGAGAAGGGUCGGUCUUCUCCCGUCUUGUCGCUGUCGGUUAUUUGCAACAAACACAAGGUAUUGAGGAGCGUAAAUGGACGGAGGGGGUGCAAGAACCGGUUAGCAGUGUACCGUGCACUAUAUAGGGAAGUGGGAAGUUUUUAGAUGUUCGGUAAACGAACGGUGUUGAUGGUUUGU